AAGUUCCGUGGAGCUACGAAUCACCUGAUUUUUCAUUUUCUGUCUGCAGCUAUUGAGAGAGAUUUUUCAAAGGUGUGGGGGCACACUGGCAUUGGCUGAGCCCAAGCUUUAGGCUCACGUGGAAUUUCAACCUCAACGACGCCAACAAAAUGUCUGACCAUGAGCUUGACUAUGAGCUUGAGAUGGAUGAUAUUGAUGAUGAUGCUAUGGAUGAUGCUGCUGAGUUUGAUAUUCCUCAAAAUGCUGAAUUAAACGAUGAUCAAGUGCCUGAAAUUGAAAAUAAGGUUGAGUCGAAAAAGAUUGUUGGUAGUAUUAGUAAUAAGAGGGCUCCUUGUUGGAAACAUUUUUACUUUAUUACCCCAGAAGGUCAUCCGAAACCUAGGGCUACAUGCAAAUGGUGUCGGAAGGAUUAUGCAUAUCAUUCGAAGCUCAAUGGUACAAAAUCACUUACUCAUCAUCUAAAGUUUCAGUGUUUGAAUUAUCCCAUGAGCAAGAAAUUCACGGGUAGUAGGCAAAAACAACUUAGUUUUCAAAAAAAGGAACACAACGGCGAAACAAGUGCAAACCUUGUGCCUAUGACCUUCAGUGUUGACGCAUGUAAAAGAGCACUAGCGAAGAUGAUAAUAAUUGAUGAAUUGCCAUUUUCAUUUGUUGAGGGUGAAGGAUUCAAACAAUUUAUUGAAGUUGUUCAACCAAUGUGGAAGCCUCCUGGUAGGCUUGUGAUGGCCAAGAACUGCAUGCUUAUUUAUGGGGAGGAGAAGAUGGCAUUGAAACAAAUAGUUAAGCAUCAAAGGUUGUGUCUUACAACGGACACUUGGACUUCAAUCCAAAAUUUAAAUUACAUGUGUCUUACGGGACAUUUUAUUGAUGACAAUUGGAAAUAUCAAAAGAAAAUUCUGAAUUUUUGUGUAGUUCCUAAUCACAAGGGUGAUAUUCUUGGUAGGAUGGUUGAACAAUGCUUGUUGGAUUGGGGGAUUGAUAAGUUUUUAACUGUUACGGUUGAUAAUGCAUCAUCGAAUAGUCUUUUGAUUGCUUACUUGGAGAGAAAGACCAAACAUAGGAAGACCACCAUUUUAAAUCACGAGUUCUUGCAUGUGAGAUGUUCGGCACAUAUCUUGAAUCUAAUCGUACGUGAGGGAUUGCAAGAGAUUGAUGACCCAAUUGGAAGGGUGCGAAAUAUUGUGAGAUAUAUGAGGUCUUCCCCUUCUAGAAUGGCAGAGUUUUGGUCUUGUGUUGAAAAGGAGGGCAUUACAUGUAGACUUAAACCUUGUUUGGAUGUGUCUACUCGUUGGAACUAUACAUAUUUUAUGUUGGAGAGGGCUUUAACUUAUCAAAAGGCUUUUGAUCGUUCAUGUGAUGACCCGUCCUUCAAAUUAAAUGUAAGAGAGGAGGAGAUCGAUGAGGCGUUUGAUGAUGUUGAUUGUUUUGAGGGUAUGGGUAGGAUAAUUGAAAUUGAGAAAAGAAAGAAAAAGAGAGGGAGAGGGCGUAAGAAAAAUGUUGGGGCUCCAACUUCAAAUGAUUGA